AUGAGCGUCUGCCGGCCUGCGCGAUGCGUCUUCGCCAGAGCGACGGCGACGGCGACGGCGACGGCGACACCGCAACGGAGCUUCCACUCGUCGGCGCGCAGAGAGGCCCGCCGGCGACGGCCGCACUACGCCUCGAUCAAGGCAGCAGACCUGCAGCAGCUGGGCGAGCUGGCGGAGAGCGCAUACCCCAAGUACGACACGGCCGAGGUCAGCCUGCUGGCGAAGCAGUACACGCCCGCGCAGGUUGCCGCCAUCCAGGCCGCCGAGGCCGCCAUUGACCCGCGCGAUGUGUACACGCAGGGCCGGACGCGCGAUGACGCCUGGCGGCUGCCCUACGCCGACGACAUGGCCGCCGUCGACCCCGUGACGGACCACCCGGAGAAGCUGGAUGCCAGCGACAUCCCCGGCAAGUGGACGUUUCGCGAGGCCAACGAGGUCGAGCGCGAUGCAAACAUGGCGCGCGUCGCAUCCGAGACACUCGCCAAGAUGUACCCCGACGGCGUGCCCGAGGGCCAGCUGGACGCGGCGCAGCAGCAGCAGCUCGAGGACGCCAUGGAGGCGGCCAUCACGCAGGCGGCGCUCGACCCGCGCAGCACGUACACGGGCAAGAACCAGGCCGCCGUCGACUCGCUCGCCGACCCGCGCCACAGCGCCGUCGCACAGGACCUGCCGCGCCUCGAGAACCGCAUGGCCCGCCAGACGCGCCACCUCGGCUCUGACGAACAGGACGACCCGCGCCAGAAGCAGCUGCUGCAGUACAUGGGCUGGGACAAGACGCAGCUCAAGAAGAUCCGCACCAAGACGCUCGUCUCGCACGGCGUCGUCAACCAGACCCGCAUGGGCAAGAUCCGCAGCCAGUACUACCUGACCAUUGCCGGCAACCAGGAUGGCCUGCUGGGCGUCGGCGAGGGCAAGAGCGUCGAGCCCGAGGACGGCCGCAAGCAGAGCAUCAUGUCGGCCAUCCGCAACAUGAAGCCCGUACCGCGCUACGAGAACCGCACCAUCUUUGGCGACCUCGAGCGCAAGGUCGGCGCCACUAAGGUGCAGCUGUUCGCCCGCCCGCCCGGCUUUGGUCUGCGCACCCAGCACCUGAUCUUUGAGCUCGCCCGCGCCGCCGGCCUGCAGGACCUCGCCGCCCGCACCCCGCGCUCGCGCAACAAGAUGAACGUCAUCAAGGCGACCUGGGAGGCCCUGACCGAGCAGCGCCUGCCCGACGAGAUUGCCCGCGCGCGGGGGAAGAAGCUGGUCGACGUGCGCAAGGUCUACUACGGCGGCAGUGUGCACUGA